AUGUUUUUAUACAACCUGACCCUGCAGAGGGCAACUGCCAUUAUCCACGCGGUUCAUGGCAACUUUUCUGGAACAAAAAUUCAAGAAAUUGCCAUUUCCAGAGGCAAAAGCUUGGAGCUUCUUAGACCUGAUCCCAACACAGGAAAAGUACACACUCUCCUUACAGUAGAAAUAUUCGGCGUUAUAAGAUCUUUGAUGGCCUUCAGGCUUACAGGGGGCACUAAAGAUUAUGUAGUAGUUGGUUCAGAUUCUGGACGGAUGGUCAUCUUAGAGUACUUACCCCAGAAAAACAUUUUUGAGAAAGUUCAUCAGGAGACAUUUGGGAAGUCUGGUGCUAGAAGAAUUGUACCAGGGCAAUAUCUUGCUACUGAUCCUAGAGGCAGGGCUGUAAUGAUUGGAGCUAUUGAGAAGCAAAAGCUUGCUUACAUUUUGAACAGAGAUGCACAAGCUAGGUUGACUAUUUCAUCACCAUUAGAGGCACAUAAAAGCAACACUCUUGUGUACCACAUGGUUGGUGUAGAUGUAGGUUAUAAUAAUCCUACUUUUGCUUGCUUGGAAAUUGAUUAUGAGGAAGCAGACUCUGAUCCUACAGGUGAAGCUGCUCAAAAAACCCAACAAACCCUAACCUUUUAUGAACUGGAGCUGGGGGUCAACCAUGUUGUCAGAAAAUAUUCUGAGCCUUUAGAAGAACAUGCAAAUUUCCUUGUGACUGUCCCAGGGGGAGAUGAUGGUCCUUCAGGAGUGCUUAUUUGCUCUGAAAAUUACCUAACUUACAAAAAUCUUGGUGAACAGCAUGAUAUUCGUUGUCCUAUUCCAAGAAGAAGGAAUGACUUGGAUGAUCCUGAAAGAGGCAUGAUUUUUGUUUGUUCAGCUACUCAUAAAACCAAGUCCAUGUUCUUCUUCCUUGCUCAAACAGAGCAAGGGGAUAUAUUCAAAAUAACACUAGAAACUGAUGAGGAUAUGGUUACUGAGAUAAAGCUGAAGUAUUUUGAUACUGUUCCUGUUGCAUCUGCUAUGUGUGUACUGAAGACUGGAUUCCUGUUUGUAGCUUCAGAAUUUGGUAACCACUACCUCUACCAGAUCGCCCACCUGGGCGACGACGACGACGAACUCGAGUUCAGUUCGGCAAUGCCCCUCGAAGAGGGCGACACCUUCUUCUUCGCCCCGCGUCCGCUGCGCAACCUCGUCCUCGUCGACGAGAUCGAGUCGCUGUCGCCCAUCUUGUCGUCGCGCGUCGCCGAUUUGGCGGGCGAGGACACGCCGCAGCUGUACAUGCUGUGCGGCCGGGGGCCGAGGUCGUCACUGCGCGUGCUCCGGCACGGGUUGGAGGUGUCCGAGAUGGCGGUGUCGGAGUUGCCUGGCAACCCAAACGCCGUGUGGACGGUGAAGAGACGGAGCGACGAUGAUUAUGACGCUUAUAUCAUUGUGUCUUUCUUGAACGCCACAUUGGUGUUGUCUAUCGGCGAGACUGUCGAAGAAGUGACGGAUAGUGGGUUCUUGGGAACUGCGCCUACUUUGUCGUGUUCCGCACUUAGCGACGAUGCGCUCGUGCAGGUCUAUCCGGACGGGAUUAGACAUAUUUGUGCGGACAAACGUGUGAACGAAUGGAAAGCUGGCAAAAAGAGCAUUGUAAAGUGCGCUGUGAAUCAGAGGCAGGUGGUCAUAGCUCUGUCUGGAGGAGAGUUGGUUUACUUCGAGAUGGACCCGACCGGCCAACUGCACGAAUACAAGGACAGAAGACGCAUGAACUCUGACGUCCUGUGCAUGGCCUUGGCCAGCGUGCCGUCGGGCGAGCAGUGCAGCUGGUUCCUCGCAGUAGGCCUGGCCGACAACACUGUGCGCAUCGUGUCGCUCGACCCUAGCGACUGCCUCGCCCCCCGUGCUAUGCAGCCGUUGCCCGUGUGCGCCGAGUCGCUGUGCAUCGUCGAGAUGGGCUGCGCGGAGCGCGAUGCGGACGACGCGGCUGCCGCCAGUACCACGAGCACGUUGUAUUUGAACAUCGGGCUGCAGAACGGCGCGCUGCUCAGGACGGUGCUGGAUCCUGUCACUGGGGAUUUGACCGAUACGAGGACUAGGUACUUGGGGUCCAGACCGGUGAAGCUGUUCAGGAUACGGAUGCAACAAUCGGAAGCCGUGUUGGCGAUGAGCAGCCGAUCCUGGCUCAGCUACUACUACCAGAGUCGCUUCUACCUGACGCCAUUGUCCUACGAGAGCCUGGAGUACGCGUCGGGCUUCAGUUCGGAGCAGUGUCCCGAGGGCAUCGUCGCCAUAUCGACCAACACGCUGCGGAUUCUGGCGCUGGAGAAGCUCGGCGCCGUGUUCAAUCAGGUGUCCUUUCCGUUGGAGUACACGCCGAGGAAAUUCAUCAUCCAUCCGGAGUCCAGCAAUUUGAUCGUGUUGGAGACCGAGCAUAAUGCUUACACGGAGGAUACGAAGAAGCAGAGGCGAUUGCAAAUGGCCGAGGAGAUGAAGGAAGCAGCCGGCGAGGACGAGCAAGACCUCGCCCGAGAGAUGGCCGACUCCUUCCUCAACGAGGACCUUCCCGAGAGCGUCUUCUCGGCGCCCAAAGCGGGCCACAACAUGUGGGCGUCCAUUUUGCGCAUCAUGGACCCCGUGCAGGGUGGCACCUACCAGCUGAUCCGGCUCGAGCAGAACGAGGCGGCCAUGUCGCUGGCGCUGGUCAAGUUCCACAACCAGCCCGAACAUCAGACGUUCUUGAUCGUCGGUGUUGCCAAGGACUUCCAGCUGAACCCGAGACAGUGUUCGACGGGCUUCCUGGACACGUACAGGGUGGACAUGAUGGGCAAGGAGCUGGAGCUGGUGCACCGGACGGUGGUCGACGAGGUGCCGAUGGCGUUGUGCGGCUACAACGGCCGACUGUUGGCCGGCGUCGGCAAGAUGCUCAGGCUGUACGAUAUGGGGAAGAAGAAGUUGUUGAGGAAGUGCGAGAAUAAGCACAUCCCCAAUGCUAUAGUCAAUAUACAGGCGAUGGGCAAGAGAAUAUUUGUGUCUGAUGUACAGGAGUCGGUGUUCAUGGUGCGCUACAAGCGGGCCGAGAACCAGCUGAUCAUCUUCGCCGACGACACGCACCCUCGGUGGAUCACGUGCACCACCGUCCUCGACUACGACACCAUCGCCACGGCGGACAAAUUCGGUAACGUGAGCAUCCUGCGACUGCCGGCCAACGUGACGGAUGACGUGGAGGAGGAUCCGACCGGACACAAGGCCCUGUGGGACCGAGGUCUGCUGAACGGAGCGUCGCAAAAGACCGACACCAUAUCGACGUUCCACGUCGGCGAGACGGUCACGUGGCUGCAAAAGGCCACCCUCAUCCCGGGCGGUUCCGAGUCGCUCAUCUACACGACGCUCUCGGGCACGGUCGGCGUCCUGGUGCCGUUCACCUCGCACGAGGACCACGACUUUUUCCAGCACCUCGAGAUGCACAUGCGCAGCGAGAACGCGCCCUUGUGCGGCAGGGACCACCUGUCCUACAGGAGCUACUAUUUUCCCGUCAAGAAUGUUAUCGACGGUGACAUGUGCGAACAAUACAACUCUUUGGAACCAUCCAAACAAAAAAGUAUUGCCGGCGAUUUGGAUAGAACGUCCGCAGAGGUUUCUAAGAAACUGGAAGAUAUCAGAACUCGUUAUGCGUUCUAGUGUGUUAGUUUUUAUUUUUCUUGUGAUCUAUUUUUUUUAUAUUGUAUUAA